AAAUGGACUUGAGGAACGUGGGUGUGGAGUCGCCAUUACUGUCGAUGCUGGAGGACAUGCUGGAGCUGUCAGAGGAGGCGGAGAAAGGAGGAAGGAACAAUCCAUCGAGGGCUUACGUGAGAGACGCGAAGGCGAUGGCGGCGACGCCGGCGGACGUGGUGGAGUACCCGGACCGUUACUUGUUCGUGGUGGACAUGCCGGGGAUCAAGGGGAGCGAGAUGAGGGUGCAGGUGGAGAACGACAACGUUUUGGUAGUGAGCGGGGAAAGGAAGAGAGAGAAAGGGAAGGAGAAGGAAGAAGGCGUGAAGUACGUGAGGAUGGAGAGGAGGGUGGGGAAGUUCAUGAGGAAAUUCGUGAUCCCCGACAAUGCGGACAAGGACGCCAUCUCUGCAGUUUGUCAGGACGGAGUGCUUACGGUUACUGUACCAAAGUACCCACCCCCCCAGUCCAAGAGGCCCAAGACCAUUGAGGUUAAGACUGCCUAAUCACUCAGAUCAUCCUCUUUUCCUGCCUCUA